AUGGACAGGCCAACAAAUAUUCGAAAUAUGAGUGUUAUAGCUCAUGUCGACCACGGAAAAUCGACCCUUACCGACUCAUUGCUCGCGAAGGCCGGUAUCAUUGCGGCCGCAAAAGCUGGUACCGUUCUUGCGACCCACGCCAGAGAAGACGAAAAGGAACGUGGCAUCACUAUCAAGUCGACCGCAAUCUCUAUGUACUUUGAGGUCGACAAAGAAGAUAUUCCUUCAAUCAAGCAGAAAACUAUAGGAAACGAGUUUUUGAUCAAUUUAAUUGACUCUCCUGGUCAUGUUGACUUUUCGUCCGAGGUCACGGCUGCGCUGCGCGUUACUGAUGGCGCUCUGGUCGUCGUCGACUGCGUUGAAGGGGUUUGCGUGCAAACGGAGACUGUCCUACGCCAGGCCUUGACUGAACGCAUCAAGCCUGUUGUUGUAAUCAACAAAGUCGACCGCGCAUUACUAGAACUCCAAACGGAUAAGGAGGCUCUGUACCAGUCCUUCCAACGUACCAUAGAGAGCGUCAACGUCAUUAUCUCCACCUAUCAGGACACGGCACUAGGGGAUCUUCAGGUUUAUCCGAACCACGGCACCGUAGCAUUCGCAUCCGGCCUGCACGGUUGGGGUUUCACCUUGAGGCAAUUUGCCUCGAGGUACGCGCAGAAGUUUGGCGUAAACAAGGAGAAGAUGAUGGGUAAGUUGUGGGGUGACAACUACUAUGAUCCAACAACGGGGAAAUGGACUACAGUCAGCACCGGCGCAAACGGGAAACAGCUUGAACGAGCUUUCAAUCAAUACGUCUUGGAUCCCAUCUACAUCAUUUUCGAUGCUGUCAUGAAUUCGAAGAACGAUGCAAUCAACAAAAUUCUUGCAAGUCUCGCAAUCAAGCUUGCUCCAGGAGAGCGCGAGACGGAGGGGAAAGUUUUACUCAAAACGAUCAUGCGCAAAUUCCUUCCCGCUGGCGAUUCACUAUUAGAAAUGAUCGUCAUCAACCUUCCGUCCCCCACCACUGCUCAGCGUUACCGCGUCGAGACUCUUUACGAGGGACCGAUGGACGACGAAUCCGCUGUUGGCAUUAGAGACUGCGACCCUAGUGGACCGCUUGUCCUGUACGUCUCAAAGAUGGUGCCAACAACCGAUAAAGGUCGUUUCUAUGCAUUCGGUCGCGUAUUCUCUGGUACGGUUCGACCUGGCAAGGAGAUUCGUAUCCAAGGCCCCAAUUAUGUCCCUGGAAAGAAGGACGACUUAUUCAUCAAGUCCGUUCAGCGCACUGUCUUGAUGAUGGGUCGUUCAGUUGAGCCCAUUGAAGACUGUCCUGCCGGCAAUAUCAUCGGCCUCGUCGGCAUCGAUCAAUUCCUCCUGAAGAGCGGCACGCUUACAUCCUCCCCAACGGCGCAUAACAUGAAAAUGAUGCGCUUCUCCGUUUCUCCCGUCGUUCAGGUCGCAGUGGAAGUUAAGACCACUAGCGAUUUACCUAAACUCGUUGAAGGCCUGAAGCGUCUGUCAAAAUCAGAUCCUUGCGUUCAAACAUGGAUAUCACCAACAGGAGAGCACAUCGUAGCUGGUGCAGGCGAACUUCAUCUGGAGAUUUGUUUGAAGGAUCUCCAAGACGAUCACGCUGGUGUUCCCCUCAAAUUUUCCGACCCAAUCGUGCCCUACCGCGAGACUGUCAAAGCAGAGUCAAGCAUAGUCGCCUUAUCCAAGUCACCAAACAAGCACAAUCGUAUUUACGUGAAGGCCAUGCCCCUUGGGGAAGAGCUCACCAGCGCUAUCGAGAAAGGUGUUGUUGAUCCUCACGAUGACGUCAAAGCUCGAGCCCGCAUCCUUGCUGAUGAGUUUGGCUGGGAGGUUUCUGACGCUAGGAGGAUUUGGUGCUUCGCUCCUGACGCAACUGGUCCCAAUUUAUUGGUUGAUGUCACGAAAGGUGUUCAAUAUUUGCACGAAAUCAAGGACUCUUGCGUUAGCGCGUUCCAAUGGGCGACUAAAGAAGGUGUUUUAUGCGAGGAGAGUAUGCGGGGUGUCAGGGUCAAUAUUCUUGAUGUCACACUGAUCUCCGACGCUAUCCAUCGCGGUGGAGGACAAAUCAUACCGACUAUGCGUCGUGCCACAUUCGCCGCCUGCCUCCUUGCUACCCCUGCAUUACAAGAGCCUAUCUUCCUCGUUGACAUUCAAUGUUCACAAGAAGCGAUUGGCGGCGUCUACAGCUGCUUAAACAAGCGUCGUGGCCAAGUUGUUAGCGAGGAACAGAGGGUCGGAACGCCCAUGUUCACCAUCAAGGCAUACCUUCCCGUUUCCGAAUCAUUCGGUUUCAAUGGAGAUCUCCGCGCACACACGGCUGGUCAUGCUUUCCCGCAAUGUGUGUUUGAUCAUUGGGAGACCAUGAGUGGAUUGCCGCUGGAUAAGGGUAGCAAAAUUGAGGAUCUUGUGACGAAGAUUCGGCUUCGCAAGGGCCUCAAGCCCGCCAUUCCCGCGCUCGACACGUACUACGACAAGCUUUGA